AUGACUGCCCCUGGCGGCCCUGGCCAAGCGCCCAACCACGCCAUGGCUUUUGGGAUGGCAAACCACAUGGGCCAAGAAGUACAAGGAGCCGCACACGCACACCCGUGCCAUGCCAUGGCCCAACAACAAGGCUACAUGCAGGGCCACAUGGGUAUGCAAAUGGCUCCGGACGGAACACCCAUGGUCAUGCCCUAUGCUAUGGAUGGUUCUGGCCAGCAAAACCCUCAACACGCCCAAGCUCAGCAGAUGAUGUAUCAACACUGCGGCGCUGCUGGCGGUCAGUGUGGCAACGGCCAGUGCGCUGCUGGCCAAUGUCCUGCUGGCCAGUGCGGCGCCUGCCAAGGCGGAUGCCAAGCCGGCUGCCAAGGCUGUUGCCAGGGUGGAUGUCAAGCUGGCUGUGCUGGAUGUCCGGCUGCGGGUUGCAGCGGCUGCGCCGGUGGAUGUCCUGGCAAUUGUGGCGGCUAUGUGCUGCAGAUGCCGGGGAUGACUGCAGGGAUGAUGAUGCCGGGGCAGAUGAACAUGGCUGGCCAGCAGCAGCCACAGGCUGGCCAGGGCCAUCCUGGAAUGCAGUUCGUGGCAAUGAUGCCAGGGCAAGGCGGUGCUCCCGGGCAGAUGCAGCACGCUAUGCAAGGCGGUGGCAUGCCGCAGGGCGGUGGCCCGAUGCAGGGCCAGAUGCAGCAACUGCAAGGCGUACAGGGCGCGAUACCCCCGCAGAUGGCAGGCCACAUGGCCGAAGGCCACCCCAUGGCACAGCCCGCGCCAGGCCAGUGCGGGAUGCCCGAGCAAGGCAAGGGGGGUCAAGGUCCGCAGCCCGAGGGGGAUGGAAAGGGAGGCGGCGCUCGCGUGGCUGCUGGCCUCGGACGCAACACGCAGCCGAAGCAAGGAGCCAACUGGCAGCAAGGCGCAGGGCGCGGCGCAGGCCGCUCCACCGACGCAAGGCCUUUUGAGCCCAGCCACCAGGAGGCUCCUGCGGUGCCUGGAGAGCAAGGCAAAGGCGGCAACCAACCUGGUCAGAACCCACAGGCUCAGGACGGCAGCCAAAAAGGAAACAAGCUCCGGAACCCGAAGAACCCUUGGGCCGACAUCCAGGAUUCUGUCGGCCUGGACCAGGAGAUGCACCAGCUGUGGGACAUGAGGCCUGGGCAGAUUCCCAACAUGGAUGCCAACCAGAAGGCUGGAAACUUCCAAGGUCCGAACAAGGGCAAGGGCAAAAAGGAUGGAAUGCAUGGAGGCAAAGACGGCGGGAAGCAUAGCAAUGAUGACAACAUGGGAGGUGGCAAGGGCGGCGGCAAGGACAUGCCACAGCAGAAGUGGGUGGAGAAGACCGACCCGCAGGGCAAGGGCCAAAGAGGCGGAUGGCAGCCUAAGGACGUGAUGAAGCAGCAAGCGGUGCAGCAGAUGCCGAUGUCGCCUGGCGGGAAGAGCAACAGCAAAGGCUACCAGCAGCCGCAGUUUGUUCAAGGCCAAGGUGGCUGCGGAGGGCCGGGGAUGGCCCAGAGCCCUGGUCCCAAGAAGAACAAGAAGGGCGCUGGCCGGGAUCCUGAAAUGGAUGACUGGCUGAGCCUACGCUUCCAAGGACAAGUGCCGGCAACUCCAACAGGCUCGAUGCUGGGAGGCGAGGAAGUGUGGGCUGAGGAGGAGGAUGCCGAUGCCAGGCGGAAGCGAAAAGGCGGCGGGAAGACAGGCGGUGGUGGCAAAGGUCCCAAUGGCAAAAGCAAGGGUGGCAAUGGUGGUGGAAAAGGCAAGGCGAAAGGAAGAGGUAAUUGGCAACGCGCAAAUGCAGCCUGA